GACCGAGCGGUGACUUAAGCAACAGAGCGCGGUGAAGCCUAUAUUUUCUCCCUCCUCGCUGCGGUGCAGGGAAGCCCCCCCCCCCUCCGGUACGCGGUCCCCACUCCGGCCCGAGAUGAAUGCUGCGGCUGAAGCCGAGUUCAACAUCCUCCUGGCCACCGACUCCUACAAGGUUACUCACUAUAAACAGUACCCACCCAACACAAGCAAAGUUUAUUCCUACUUUGAAUGCCGUGAAAAGAAGACAGAAAACUCCAAAAUAAGGAAGGUGAAAUACGAGGAAACAGUAUUUUAUGGGUUGCAGUACAUUCUUAAUAAAUACUUAAAAGGUAAAGUAGUGACCAAAGAGAAGAUCCAGGAAGCCAAAGAGGUGUACAAAGAGCAUUUCCAAGAUGAUGUAUUUAACGAAAAGGGAUGGAACUACAUUCUUGAGAAAUACGAUGGGCAUCUUCCAAUAGAAGUAAAAGCUGUUCCUGAGGGCUCUGUCAUUCCCAGAGGAAAUGUUCUCUUCACAGUGGAAAAUACAGAUCCAGAGUGUUAUUGGCUUACAAAUUGGGUUGAGACUAUUCUUGUUCAGUCCUGGUAUCCAAUCACUGUGGCCACAAAUUCUAGAGAGCAGAAGAAAAUAUUGGCGAAAUAUUUGUUAGAAACAUCUGGUAACUUAGUUGGUCUGGAAUACAAGUUGCAUGAUUUUGGCUACAGAGGAGUCUCUUCCCAAGAGACUGCUGGCAUAGGAGCAUCUGCUCAUUUGGUUAACUUCAAAGGAACAGAUACAGUAGCAGGAAUUGCUUUAAUUAAAAAAUACUAUGGAACGAAAGAUCCUGUUCCAGGCUAUUCUAUCCCAGCGGCAGAACACAGUACCAUAACAGCUUGGGGGAAAGACCAUGAAAAAGAUGCUUUUGAACAUAUAGUAACACAGUUCUCAUCAGUGCCUGUAUCUGUGGUCAGCGAUAGUUAUGACAUUUAUAAUGCGUGUGAGAAAAUAUGGGGUGAAGAUCUAAGACAUUUAAUAGUAUCAAGAAGUUCAGAGGCACCACUAAUAAUCAGACCUGAUUCUGGAAAUCCUCUUGACACUGUAUUAAAGGUUUUGGAUAUUUUGGGUAAGAAAUUUCCUAUUACUGAGAACUCAAAGGGCUACAAGUUGCUGCCACCUUAUCUUCGAGUUAUUCAAGGAGAUGGAGUAGAUAUUAAUACCUUACAAGAGGUUGUAGAAGGCAUGAAGCAAAAAAAAUGGAGUAUUGAAAAUAUUGCCUUCGGUUCUGGUGGAGCUUUGCUACAAAAAUUAACAAGAGAUCUCUUGAAUUGUUCCUUUAAGUGUAGUUAUGUUGUAACCAAUGGCCUUGGGGUUAAUGUCUUCAAGGACCCAGUUGCUGAUCCCAACAAAAGAUCCAAAAAAGGUCGAUUAUCUUUACAUAAAACACCAGCAGGAAAUUUUGUUACACUUGAGGAAGGAAAAGGAGACCUCGAGGAAUAUGGUCAUGAUCUUCUCCAUACUGUCUUCAAGAAUGGGAAGGUGACAAAAAGUUAUUCAUUUGAUGAAGUAAGAAAAAAUGCAAAGCUGAAUAUUGAACUGGAAGUAGCACCUCAUUAGGCUUUGUUUUAUGACUGGGUGUGUGUCCUUGCCUCUGUGUGUGCGUGUACAUGCACGCACCUAUACACCAGUGUGGGUGAGUGUGUGAUACAUAAUGUUCAUUGUACAGAUGUGUGGGGUUUCUUUGUUUUAUGAUACAUUACAGCCAAAUUAUUUGUUGGUUUAUGGACAUACUGCCCUUUCUUUUUUUUCCCAGUGUUUAGGUGAUCUCAAUUAGGCAAUGCACUUGACCACAUAAAAGAUUAAUGCUAAAGUAAGCUUUUUAGGGCCCUUUGCCAAUAGAUAGUAAUUUAAUCUGGUAUUGAUCUUUUCUCAACAGAACUGAGAAACUUUUAUAUAUAACUAAAGAUCACAUAAAACAGAUUUGCAUAAAGUUGUCAUGAUUGCUUUAUGUUUAUAUUUAACUUGUAUUUUUGUACAAACAAGAUUGUGUACGAUAUAUUUAAAGUUUCAGUGAUUUAACAGUCUUUCCAACUUUUCAUGAUUUUUAUGAGCACAGACUUUCAAGAAAAUACUUGAAGAUAAAUUACAUUGCCUUUUGUCCAUUAAUCAGCAAAUAAAACAUGGCCUUAACAAA